AUGGGAAUUUGUCUUUCAUGUCUUCGUGGCUCAUUUGAUGAUGACUAUGAUGAGACCACCCCUCUCAUUGGUGAAAAUGAACCUGUGUCUACACUGCAACAGCAGCAAGAGGAACAAAUAUUAGAACAGAGAAACAAGGAGUUGAAUAACAUUUUAAACGCUACGAACGACCAGUUGAUAGAUUUGACAGGCUUUCUACAGGCACAGGCGCAACCAGCCUUCAAAGAUCCUGCUUCUCCGUCAUUGCAGAAUCAAGCUGUGCAAAAGCAAAUAGAGAACCAAACACUUGCGUCCGUUCCUUCUUUGGACCAACAACUUACACCGCAGUUGCAGGCAACUGCCGCUAACGAUUCGUCCGCCGGUGUCUCGAACGGACAGAGUCAAAUCGAAGUUUUAGAUCAUCAUGAAAUUUCGGAAGAGAUGGAGAAAGAGCUGUCUAUCUUGAAAGAUAACUUAGGGUCUCCCUUUGAAAGGUGCACAUCAAUUGACACAGCCAACGUCGGGCCGCUUAAGAUCGAAUUUCAAUGA